AUGACGACGGUGCAGCGCAUCAAAGAGAUCGAAGAUGAGAUGGCCCGCACGCAGAAGAAUAAGGCCACUGCGUAUCAUCUUGGUCAACUUCGUGCGAAGCUCGCCAAGUUGAAGCGUGAGCUGAUCGCUCCGAGCAGUAGUGGCGGCGGCGGCGGAGGUAUGGGCUUCGAUGUCGCACGCACGGGUAUUGCCAGUGUUGGCUUUGUUGGUUUUCCAUCUGUGGGAAAGUCGACACUUAUGUCUGGGCUGACAGGGACGACGUCCGAGGCAGCUGCCUAUGAAUUCACAACGCUGACGACUGUCCCAGGUACUAUGGUCGUGCGUGGUGCACGUAUUCAAAUUCUCGACUUGCCUGGUAUUAUUGAAGGUGCGAAAGAUGGCAAGGGCCGUGGUCGUCAGGUGAUUGCUGUCGCUCGUACGUGUAAUUUGAUCUUUAUUGUGCUAGACGUGUGCAAACCAUUGCACGACAAGCAAAUUCUCGAGGCAGAACUGGAAGGUUUUGGUAUUCGCCUCAACAAAAAGCCCCCGAAUGUUAUUGUGAAAAAGAAAGACAAGGGUGGACUGGCCAUCACUAAUACUGUGCCGCUCACCAAGCUGGACCAUGAUGAGAUUCGGGCUGUCAUGUCUGAGUACCGCAUCUCUAAUGCCGACAUUGCGUUCCGUGAAGACGUCACGGUCGAAGAGCUCAUUGAUGUCAUUGAAGGCAACCGUAUAUAUAUUCCAUGCAUUUAUGUGCUGAACAAAAUUGACUCGAUUUCGAUUGAAGAACUCGACCUGCUGUAUAAGAUUCCCAAAUCGGUGCCUAUUUCAUCUCGGAUGUGGCUCAACGUGGACGAGCUUGUUGAUAAGAUGUGGGACGAGCUUGAUCUUGUCCGCGUGUACACGAAGCCCCGUAAAUGCCCACCGGAUUACACUUCACCUGUCGUCUUGCGCCGCGGCAAGUGUACCGUCGAAGACUUUUGCAAUGCUAUUCACCGUGAGAUUUUCAAGCAGUUCAAGUGCGCUGUUGUUUGGGGCACGUCUGCCAAGCACCCGCGCGGCCAACGCGUUGGUGGCGAUCAUGUGCUGGAAGACGAGGACUGCGUCACGAUCUUUAAGCGUUAA